AUGACCCCAGAGGCCCCCACUUGGGUAGAUCCCGCCUCGUUGCCUGAUCACGGCGACACCUCUGCGACGACAGGAAAUGUCAGUGACGAUAUUAAACGGCUCAACUACAACACGUAUUUUUCAUAUGGUGUUGGAGAUGAGGAUUGUUUCGGUUACCACGCCGGCAAAGAUGUCAAGUUUGUCGAUAUCAACGUCGACAGACGCCUGGAACAUCAUGGCCGGCUUGAAGCAACCACAAUCGCAGAAGUCGUCGUUAGUAAAAAUAUGUUAAACGGUGCUGGCAUGCUCCAUGGCGGCUGCAUAGCAUAUCUCAUAGACAAUUGCUGCAGCACCCCACUAGUCGUCCUCGGUUUAGUGCAAGGCUCCAACGGCGUUGGCGUGACACAAGGGAUGAACGUUGUCUUCCAUUCCCCCGCAUUUUUGGGCGCUCGCAUUCGCAUCAUAAGUACAUCGGUAUCAUUAGGCAAAAGAGUUAUGACGUCUCAGUGUGAGGUUGUCAACAAAGACACCGGGAGGAUCAUCGCUUCGGCUUUCCUGAAUAAAAUGCAGCCAGAUAUGUCGAAGCUGUGA